AUGUCCAAGUCAGUUGAGCCGACCGACGCAUCUAUUGCGGGUCGCGCACCCAGUCGCCAGAAAGCCAAAGAAGACAUCACCCUCAAGGAACCAGAAGCUGCUGCACUCACCGACACGAGGGCCGGCUACGACAGAAAACCAGUCAAUGAUGUGAAUACGGCAAAAAAGGACAGCGCCAAGUCAGCAGCUAGCCGAGUGGGACUGGACGAUCUGGCUGACGAAGUGGAAGACGCAACAGGAGACAGUGCAUUAGAAGACACUACCGAGGACGACGUCAGUUCCACCUUGCGUGAAGUGUACUCAACCGACGGCGACGCCUCCAAAAUGCCACAGCGGGGUUCUAGCAACGAGAGAACAAAGAAAGCCAAGUCACUUGGCAACAAUGAGCUAGACAACCAGUCCGAAAGCUCUGCGAGCAACACUCAAAACAUAAACGAAGUGCUGAUGAUGAGACCUCGACCCUUGCCACCUAGUGACUUCAAAUUGAAAGGCAUCAUGAAAUUAUGAAGAAAUGACACAACGCCCAUGGACAUUCAAUAUUUGCCUUGUCCUUUACUCGAAACGCCAAGUCACGUCUAUUCAAAGCAAAAAACAGCCACGCUUCCUGUCUGGGUAUUUCGUACUAUUUCGUCUGUGACACUUAGAGCCGUAUCGUAUUGGUUACCAAAGCUCAUUGCAUAUCAUUACUUGCCCAUAUGGCGUACAUCUGAGGUUUCAGAGAUAAAGAAGCGAAACUGCGUGUUCAAAAGACAUGAGCUUGAAUAAAAAGAAAAUCUUUGCUACGGAUAAACAUUAAAAAAGUGCAUUCAAUGAUCAAAGAAAAAAAAGA